UUGGCUUUAUUUACUUCAACUUAUUUUUCCAUACACUAUCAUUUCAGCAUGUACAAUAGCAUACAUCACCCAAGUAAAUUGGCUGUGGGGGCAGACUUUCAUUGCUUCAAAUUUAAAAUUGAACCAAAGUGGGAGGAUCCUAUCUGUUCAAAUGGAGGGAAAUGGACUAUGACUUUUCAGAAAGGAAAGUCUGAUACAUGUUGGCUGCAUACGUUGCUUGCAAUGAUUGGAGAGCAAUUCGAUCACGGAGAUGAAAUUUGCGGUGCUGUUGUGAAUGUCAGAGCCAGACAGGAGAAGAUAUCUAUUUGGACCAAGAAUGCAGCAAAUGAAUUAGCCCAGGUGAGCAUUGGGAAACAGUGGAAGGAGUUCCUUGAUUACAAUGAAACCAUUGGAUUCAUAUUUCACGAUGAUGCAAAGAAACAUGACAGAGGAGCCAAGAAUCGGUACACUGCAUGAUGAUUUUGUAUAGUUUUUGUUACUACUAGCGCAGCAGACUCGAAAUUGUUUUCUUUUAUGUGCGAUAGCAUUCGACACUAGAUACUAGAGUGAAAUGUGACUGCUUCUUGCAUUUCUUUCUUUCCCCUCUAAAGGAAUGUGGAAUGGAUCUGUAUUACUGACUUGUUUUCUCCAAAUUUUGACUUACCUACUUACAAUGCAUACAAAUUUUCUA